AUGACACUGCCGGGACCAACUAUUGCGGGGUUACCAGAGGAUGUGUUACCAGAGGAUGUGUUACCGGAGGAUGUGUUACCGGAGGAUGUGUCGCCGGAGGAUGUGUCGCCGGAGGAUGUGUCGCCGGAGGAUGUGUCGCCGGAGGAUGUGUCGCCGGAGGAUGUGUCGCCGGAGGAUGUGUCGCCGGAGGAUGUGUCGCCGGAGGAUGUGUCGCCGGAGGAUGUGUCGCCGGAGGAUGUGUCGCCGGAGGAUGUGUCGCCGGAGGAUGUGUCGCCGGAGGAUGUGUCGCCGGAGGAUGUGUCGCCGGAGGAUGUGUCGCCGGAGGAUGUGUCGCCGGAGGAUGUGUCGCCGGAGGAUGUGUCGCCGGAGGAUGUGUCGCCGGAGGAUGUGUCGCCGGAGGAUGUGUCGCCGGAGGAUGUGUCGCCGGAGGAUGUGUCGCCGGAGGAUGUGUCGCCGGAGGAUGUGUCGCCGGAGGAUGUGUCGCCGGAGGAUGUGUCGCCGGAGGAUGUGUCGCCGGAGGAUGUGUCGCCGGAGGAUGUGUCGCCGGAGGAUGUGUCGCCGGAGGAUGUGUCGCCGGAGGAUGUGUCGCCGGAGGAUGUGUCGCCGGAGGAUGUGUCGCCGGAGGAUGUGUCGCCGGAGGAUGUGUCGCCGGAGGAUGUGUCGCCGGAGGAUGUGUCGCCGGAGGAUGUGUCGCCGGAGGAUGUGUCGCCGGAGGAUGUGUCGCCGGAGGAUGUGUCGCCGGAGGAUGUGUCGCCGGAGGAUGUGUCGCGUCGCCAGCAAAUGUACAUUCUGGCCACAUGCUUAGUGAGCAUGCCAUACUUUUGUUGA